UCAAGUGUGUUCACGGGGAGGAACAUGUGGGUUCAGUAUCACAGCUCACACACACGCGAUAAUGGAGGAAUCGCCACUUAUAGGAAUAUGUGACGGUACACUCGAUAAAAAGAAAGACACUUAUUAUUACACAAAUAAAAUUGGAGGAUGUCCGGAUCUGAUGCCUGGUGUAUCUAACGUACAUCAUCAGUGCACGCUUUGUGGUGGGUUCCUUAGUCAUGUUGUUCAAAUAUACUGCCCCCUUGCGGUGUCCCCAUUUCACCGCACCAUUAAUGUAUUUGCCUGCACCUCUCCACAGUGUCAGUGCAAACCAGAAAGCUGGAAAGCGCUCCGUUCACAGUGUUUGGAGUCUGAGAUAAAAGAGCCUUCACAGUGUCCGAUUUCCGAUAGAACACCAGUUUCCACCACAGACUGGUGUGACGAUGCAGAUGACUGGGGAAUAGACUCCGAGGAGAAUGUGGGCAAUGAGCAGACUCUUACAACUCUGCUUGAGACAAACACUCUUGCAGCAAGCCUGGAAGUCAGCAGUAGGCUUCAAGACCUCUGUAUAAACGUGUCAACGGGUGUUGAAGCUGCCAGACCACCUACAGAUACUCCCACCUUUCAGACCUUCUACGUCUCUGUGGUGGAUGAGACAGAUCUUUGGGGCCAGAAUGAUCUGGAUCAUGCUAAUGAACUACUGAAGGCGUAUGAGGAGAGGGAGGGUGUGGCUGUCAGGGAGAUUGCAUGCUGUAAAGGUGAAGGAGGGGACGAGGCAUAUGAAAAAACCAAAGCCAAACAUGGAGAUGCAGUCUUCUCCAGUUUCAUGAAGAAAAUCUCGAUCUGUCCAGAGCAAGUGCUUCGAUACAGUUGGAGCGGGACACCAUUAUUUAUAAUGGAACCUCCUUCAAACAUAAAUCAGAUGGUGCCUCCUUGUGCACACUGCGGCAGUCCUAGAGUUUUUGAAUUUCAGUUAAUGCCAGCACUGGUCAGUUUGCUGCGCAGUACACAGCUAAGUUCAGAGCCUGCAGUUGAGUUUGGAACUGUUUUGGUUUAUACCUGCAGAGACAGUUGUUGGACAUCUGGAUCAAGCUGUCCUAUUGAGGAAUUCCAUGUUGUACAAACUGAUCCUGACCAAAAGCUCUUUAAAUAAUAGUAAAAAAUAAGAUAAUAAAACAUAAAUUAACAAA